AUGGCUGUGCUUUAUGCAUCACUCCGAUCACUGGUCCCCAAUGAAUAUCUGAAGUUCUCUGUAACGCGAUCAGUAUCCGGUCAUAUAUACGAGACAGUGAAUUACAUAAGGCAUUUACAGGAUAAGAUCCAAGAGCUGAGUGACAAGAGAGACUGCCUAAAAAAAUUGUCCAAUACUUCAAACAAUGUCGCCCCAGAUUGCCCGACAAGCUGCCUGGAAUGCUCGUCUGUGACAGUAGAGCCAUGCUGGGCCGGAGUGGAGGUUCUGGUUAGUACUGGCUUCACUCAAGGGCUGCCGCUUUCGAGGGUGCUCAGUGUUCUAACUAGUGAAGGUCUGAGCAUUGUUAGCUGCAGCUCCACUAAAGUGAAUGGAAUGUUGCUUCACAGUAUUGAGUCUGAGGUGAAUGAUGGCAGGAGCAUCGAUGUGUCUGAGCUACAGCAGAAAUUAGCCGACUUAAAAGUCAAGACUUCAAGCAAGAUUUUGAAAUGGUGA